AUGGCCUUCGACGGGCGUCAGAGUACAUUUGUAAAUUCCCUUUUUCAGACAUACCAGCAUCAGACAGGGAUUAAUGGAGGUGGUAUAAAUGGAGGAAGUGUUCCAGUGCCUUUUGUUUCCAUCCCAGGCUCCUCACAUCAGGAGCAGGACAAUGUGUCCUGCAUUCCUUGGUCUCACAAUACUCAGGAUGAUCCCUAUGAACUUAUUAGUUGCAUCCAGACCCCCAAUAAAAACAGCAAGCCAAAUGAUACUGUUGACUGUGAUGGUGAAGAAGAUCUACAGGGUCUAGUUUCAAAUAUUUUGGAUGAAGCAGGGUCUGGGGAUAGCUACUAUAGUGAGAGCCUUCCUACAUGCAAUACCAUCUGGUCUCCAAAGACACUGAGAGAGGAAUUCCUUCAGUAUUUUCAAUCAGAGGCUAAAAUGAACCAUAACCCUUUGUUUCCUUCGAACCAUGCGUCCCGUGAGAUUUUCACCAGAGCACAGCAACAGUCUGUAGACAAAGAGGUUGAAGAGCUAAGCCAACAUCCUGGUGGCCUUGCUACUAAACAGUGGCCUUUUAAUUUGCCUGAUGGAGACAGUCAAUCCUUUCAACCUCAGAAACUGCCACCUGGUCUAUCAAUACCCAACUCUGUAGCAACUGACCCAUAUCAGAGUCAACAGAGUAAAUAUGUUCGCAUGUCAGAUUAUAAUGACAAGGGGAAUGAUCGGCCAGUGAGUAAUUUCCCUGAGCUCAUUGACAUCUUUAGACCCCAAGAUGAAAUGAACAAUUCCUGCUUGGAUGCCUUCCAUGCAGAUCACUACAUCCAAAACAAUGGGAAUUCAUUUUGCAAUGAGCAGUAUUUUCCAGAGGACAUGAACCAGUUAAUAAGCAGUUCCCAUCCAUUUAUGGCUUAUGAGAAUGAUACGAUGUGUAAUGGAGAGUUUCCAAACGUGCACAAGCAGACAGUGGGCAUGCAUAAUGAAGAUUAUAUGACAGAACAAUGGAAAAUGCCAAGUCCUGCAAUGUCAACGCAAAGUGCUCUUUCCAUGCAGAUCCCAAAACAGCUUCUGGGAGAUCUGGGUUCAAUGCAGAAAGUAAGAAAUGGAGGCGUUAGGAAUCAAACUUUCAAACUCGAUGCCUUUCAAGACCUUCCUGAUUUUAGCCCUCACAUCACAGACUAUUUUCAGCAACCAAAGGCAUUUUCUGCAUCUGUAACCCUCCCAAACCAUCACACGAACAAGAUCACAAUGAACAGAGACAACAGCAAUCUAAUGAACCAGUAUUCAAAACACUGCAUGCAACAGAGCCAGAUGAAUAAAAAGAUCAAGCCACAGCUGCCAAAAGAAAAAAAGAGAACGCAUAUGUCUGGAUUUCUGGAAGGCAUCUCUCGGAGGCAGCGAACCAGCAAUCACAUGACAGAGACAGAGAAACUGCCCUUUUCGCAAAACCCAUACUUCAGUUUCCAGGGGAAUACCCAAUCUCAGAGACAUGAAGAAAAUUGCAUGGCCGGUGCAGGAAAUAUGCAGCAGUUCAGGCCUUUCAUGUAUCCUAUGAAUGACCUCAAGACGGCGUCCAGCAUGCCCAUUAAUUCCAAUUUCAGCUCUAGAUCUACACUGUCCCAAAGAAAUGGUGUCCCUGUGAUGGACAUGAAUGGUUUAGUGUCAGCGGACGAGGCUGCAGCUCUCAGCGCUUACGUCAGUGACAUGAGGGUCUGCAGAGGGGAGACGUAUCAUGGCAUGGCCCCAGCCCUGUCACCAUCGCUUAUGAUGAAUCAAGGAGGACCUGUAAUCCAGCUCUACUUUUACCUGGACGAGUGCUACGAACAGUGGAGGUGUUUGGAGAGGGAGAGAAAGAAGACAGAGGUCAUUCUUAGAAAAACAUUUCCAGGGAGAAGGACUACUGCUGUGACCAGCACAAACCUACCCAAAACCCCUCCAAAUCCUACAAGAACUGACCACCUCAUUGUCAAUCACAUGAGAGAACAAGCAAAGGUGGCAAGCCUUCUGGUUAGAAUGAAGUGUGUCUCGGGCACACCUCUGCACAUCAACAUCCAGACCGCGCUGAAAAGCCAUCACAUGGCUGUGUGUAUCAUGCAGGCACGGUGCAAGGACUGUGCCAAUAUGACCAAACACCAGCAGCAGGGGUUUAAUUUCACAGAGGACAGAGACACCUUGUUGAUGGUGAUGGCGCUGAAAGACCUGGCUGCAACAACCAGGAGACUGUGCUCCGCUCUGUGGUGUGCCCUCCAGAUGACACUGCCUAAACCUGUCAAGAAGCAGGACCACCACGUUUACGAGGAGGUCACGUGCACAGACAGCUGCUCCACCCCAUUUCAGGGUCCAAGGCAGAAAAACAGGUCAAAGUUAACAGCACUCUGGGUGGAGGAAACCGGCACCAAUCUCGAGAUAAAAGUCGGCAAGAAGCGAGCCCUAUCAAUCUCAUCUGCUGAUAUGAUACUUUCAGAAUACGGCAAAAAUGAGGUGACUUUUGAAGGGAACCUUCAAUCUGUGACCUUUGCA